AGCAGGGAGCGCAGAGUCCGGACGCACUGGACGCACCGUGAGCUGCAGUCACUGGAGCCCACCGGGAAGAAAAACAACAAAAAGAAGAGAGAACAACAACAACAACAACAACAACAAAUCAACCGUAAUUACUCAACAAGCACCGGGCCAAUUAGCGGAACUCUGCUGGAAUUUAUCGAUCGGGAAACUUUGGAGCGCAACAAAACUCCGCGGUCCGGACACCCAGAGCCGGGAUCAGACCUCCCCCCCGCCGCCAGGCCCGGAGCGGGACCCCCGGUGUGUGUGUGUGGAUGUGUGUGUUUGUGUGUGUGUGUGAGGGCCUUUUUAGAGCGUGUGUUCGUUGAGCGAAGAAGAUGAGGGCCCUCCUCGCCGCCGUGCUCUGCCUCCUGAUGGUCUCCGUGGUCGGAGCCUCUCGGUUCAACCGCGACGCCCCGGGCGUCCCCUCGGCCUCGGAGCCGCCCGGGAGCAACGCCUCCGCCUCCGUCCCGCUGCCGCCGGGGCCGGCGCCGCCGGGCCGGCCGCGGGGCUCCUUCCCCCCCAUGUGCAUAAAGCCCACGGAGAUCAAGCACACCUUCAAGUACGUCAACACCGUCGUGUCCUGCCUGAUCUUCGUGGUCGGCAUCAUCGGCAACUCCACGCUGCUCCGGAUCAUCUACAAGAACAAGUGCAUGAGGAACGGCCCCAACGUGCUGAUCGGCAGCCUGGCCCUGGGGGACCUGCUGUACAUCAUCAUCGCCAUCCCCAUCAAUGUGUUUAAGCUCAUCGCCGAGGACUGGCCGUUCGGAGUGUACAUCUGUAAGCUGAUGCCGUUCAUGCAGAAAGCUUCAGUGGGAAUCACCGUCCUCAGCCUGUGUGCUCUCAGCAUUGACCGCUACCACGCGGUGACGUCGUGGAGCCGGGUGAAGGGGAUGGGCGUCCCCCUGUGGAAGGCGGUGGAGGUGACUCUGAUCUGGCUGGCGGCCGUGAUGCUCGCCGUCCCCGAGGCGCUGGCCUUCGACAUGCUGGAGAUGCCGUACAGAGGACACAAGCUGCGCGUGUGUCUGCUGCAUCCGGAGCAGACGAGCAGCUUCAUGAAGUUCUACCAGGACGUGAAGGACUGGUGGCUGUUCAGCUUCUACUUCUGCCUCCCGCUGGCCUGCACCGGCGUCUUCUACACGCUGAUGUCCUGCGAGAUGCUGAGUCGCAAGAAGGGCAUGCGCAUCGCCCUCAACGACCACAUGAAGCAGCGGAGGGAAGUGGCCAAGACGGUGUUCUGCUUGGUGUUGAUCUUCGCCCUCUGCUGGCUGCCCCUCCAUCUCAGUCGAAUCCUGAAGAAAACCAUCUACGACCCAAACGACCCGAACCGCUGUGAGCUGCUCAGCUUCCUGCUCGUGAUGGAUUACAUCGGCAUCAACAUGGCCUCCCUGAACUCCUGCAUCAACCCGAUCGCCCUCUACUUCGUCAGCCAGAAGUUUAAAAACUGCUUCCAGUCCUGCCUGUGCUGCUGGUGCUACGGAAUGUCUCCGCUGGACGAACGGGGUUCGGGCGGACGCUGGAAAAGCUCCUGUCACGGGAACGGACUGGACCGCUCCAGCUCCCGCUCCAGUCAGAAAUACACCUGCUCUUCUUAAACACACACACACAAGCACAUGCACACACACACACGCACACAAACACGCACGUCUUCCGCCACGUUCCAAACAGCCGCCACCGCCGACCGACCGCGAGGCAGAAGCUCCUUCUACGGGACCGGAGAACGAAAAAAAUGGGCGGAGCCAAACGGGGCGAAUGGAUCCACAGGCCUGUACCUGUUUACGAUCAUACUCCCAGACUCUGAGGCCUGAAUGCUUUCCCGGUGGACCAACGUGGUCAACACAUUUAUAAAGAAUGUUUAUUUGAGCCGCAUGUAGAUAUAUGUACAGGAUUAUUUACGAGCAGACCGCAGACGGAGGAUUAUACCGACGUAUAAAAGCGCUACCUGUCGAGGCUUUUAUACCUCGCAGGAGAAGAUGAGAAACUGUGACCCCCAGUUGUGUUUCCAAAAUGUCUUUUUUUUCUUCCGUUUUUUUUCUCAUAUAAACACAAAAGCUUAUAAUGUACAAAUCGACUACACGCUGUCGUUGAGCUCCCCGACGCCCACGAGUCCCCCCGGUGACAUCAUACCGGGGGGGAAAGGGGUCACGCUGAGAACCAAUCAUCGGGAUCUCUUUUUAUCUGGAAAUCCUCGGCGCUCCGAGACAUGUGGAGGCCAGCUGUUUUUCCCGGGACUCUCGGAGGACAUGGUUUUAUUAUUUCAAUGCUUUUUAUUCUCGAUGUCGUACACGUGUGUAAACUGUCAGUCCCACUGUGUAGUCUCAACCUCUACUUCAAUCAAGCCGCUUUUAUUUUUCUAAGAAGCAUAUCACAAAGCAUGUGAGGCCUGUUUAACCUCAAGCACGAGGUUUUCUUUCUUCCAUCUGUGCGGAAAUUACCUAAUUUGUAUGAAUGACGCGAGUUGUUUUCGAAGCGAUGACGUUUUAUUAACUGUUAUAUUGUCAUCGGAAGAUAUUAUGAUGUAUUAGUUGCUUCCUUUUAAGUGUAAUCCAGGUGAAUGUGUCCUCCAGACUGAAUUCAGUCGUAUGAAUAUUUCCAUUUCCGCUGUUAUGAAGAGAUCAAAUCGUCUGAGGAUGCAAUGUGUGACCCACAUGGUCACAUGCAUUCAUAUGGAUAUGUAUUUCUCCCUGUAGCUCCAUCUGGAGGCGACUGUGUACGGGAAAGUGAGACCAAGCUAGAAGUCAUUUGAGGUUGAAGAUCAAACGCUAUGUGAAUAUUUUCACAUUUAUACUUAUUUGUUGAGAGUACGCUGUAAUAAAUAUAAUUUUAUAGCA